AUGCUUAUAGUUUUAGUAAUUUCUGUGGGUUCAACUUAUUACUUCGGCUUGGGACAGAUGUUAUUGAUCCAUUUCACAAUAUUAAUCUCUGUCUCAAUAUUUUUCGCCCUUCACAUAAUUGCUCAAGUGUUCCAUCUACUUAUCUCAAUAUUGGCAGUUUUGAAAUUCUUACUGUAUUUCGUUCCAAAGACCGAGAACUUUAUAGUGCUCGCUCAGAAAACUAUUCAUAAAAGAAUACGAUGGAUUUAUUUUGUCUAUGGAGUAAAAGAGGCUUACAACGCGUAUGGAUUUCUAGGUUGUGUAUUUGGUCAAUGUCGUAAACAGGAAAAAUGGGAACUGGAAUUCAAUUAUACGAUUGGUUUUUUUACACUAAAAUCUGUCCUGAUUGUUAGUUCUUUUUUAUAUGUUCCAAUCGUGAUCAGUAUCAAAAAAUUGUCCAAUUUAAGAGUGGUACAAGAAACUCAACCCCAAAAGUACAUAAUUUGGCAAGCAAUGAUUACAAUGAUGGUAAAAUCGAUAUCACUUCCCGUUGCAACAGUUUAUCUGUAUUACGAUAACCAGUACGAAAUCGAUAUAACCCUCGUGAUUCUAUUUCUAAUCAUCACUGAUAUCAUUCUGCUCCCACUCAUCAUCCAAAUAUCGUAUUUAAGCUGCAACAAAAGAAAUGUAGAGGCAUUGGUUCAAAUUUUAUUUUGCUGCAACUUGUGUAAAUCGCUGUGGAACCGGAUACAGUUGAAAAUUAUGAUUCACCCAGUUUUGUAUAAUUGUACUGGAACAGAUAUCCAUGUGGUCACUCAUGUAUUAAUUGGUGUUCUUUAUUUCUUUUUAGGAUUUAUUGCUCAGACCCUGUACAUUUUAGUCUUGAAAUCAUUCUGGUUCAAGAAACCCUUCUGGGAACAUGCUUGUUAUCGAAUCAUGUUUUUCUUGGGAAUCCCCGACAUUCUUAGCUUGAUUGUAUGCGCAGAGUUUGCUGGAAUCUGGUCUCUCCUUGGUUUACACUCUUGCUAUGACAUGGAAUUUUCAAUUAUCUCCGGCUGCUUGGUUUUCGGAACUUGGCACAUGAGUUGUUUCUAUGUCCUCAUAUUGGCAUUUAACCGGAGUUGUGAACUCGUGGCGCCAAAUAUAAGCCGUCUCAUUUUCAAUGGGAAACCUCUAAAACUCGUUCUUUGUCUACCAAUAAGCUACUUUGUGUAUUUUACUUUCUUUACAAAGCCUCUCAUUUAUAAUGUCCAUGAAUCGGCAUUCAUGCUAAAUCCACUCACCAAAGCGACAAUGAAUUUCUAUCCAGAAUUGUUCACUGUAUAUGGCUUUAUUAUCAACAACUUUUUUGUAAUCUUUUUCAUUGCGGUCAACUACUCUACAAUUUGUAUCUAUCUUCUCUAUCAUUCUUGCUCCACUAGCAUUCAGAAAGUAUCAAAAGUAUACCGCCAAAUCACUGUUCAAUGUCUCGUGGUAUGCACUUGUCAUUUUAUAGGGUGCUUUUUAUACAUUUACAUGCAAUGCAGACAGAUGCCAAAUGUCUUCCGUAUAAUUGCACAGUUAGCAUGGAUUGGAAACCAUGCUUCUUCGAUGUCACAGAAGAAGGAAACAAAUAUCAGCGUUGAUCCCUUCACGGGUCAGGAUGUCUUGAAAACGAAGGCGUUCUCAUGGAGAGAAAUCCAUCUUCAAAUUUUUUUCCUGACUAUUCCUCUUCCACUGUUUUUCAUAGUCACCGGAAUUCUCCAAAUCAAUGAUUGUGACACGUCUCUGGCUAUUUGGAUGAUCAUCAUGGGAAUUAUGAUUGGAGUUGAAUUAAUCCAUGUCUCUGUAUUCUUCCACAGAGCGGCUGUUCAAAAGAAUGAGAUGGAUUUGGAAGAUGACGAUAUUUUCGAUCACUAUGAGCCACUCAAAGAUCCAAUCGUGAAACGCAUAGUCAGAAUCCACUCGGUCACUGGUCUUCUGUCCUAUUUCGGAGGAGUCAAAUGCUAUCUCAUUCUUAUUGGAAGUUGGUGGUGCAGUGGAAUGGUCUUCUGGCCAAGUCUUCUUAUAUCUUUGUUCUAUUGGGUCACAAUGGCAGCUCUUGUGGUUUACACCUGCAAAUAUAAAAACCGAAAAAUGAUUAUUUGA